ACGUACGGAGGCUCCUUUCACGAAGAGUCACUCCUCUGCCCAAAACCGAGUCCUUCGCUACGUCGUGCUGAGCUGCGAGGACUCCAAUACUCUCGUUUCGCGAAGCCUUCACGAUGUCCUUGUUCGAGUCCUUCACAAUGCAACCGAUUCCGAUGGACUUUCAUAGUGUAUACUGGUCGCAAGGAUACGAAUAACUCACAUUCAUGUAUCUCCAUCAUCUCUGUAUACGUAUACGUAUCUCUCGCUCUGUUCUAUUUUGGCUGUGUAGGGACAUACUGUUUCCAAGCUUAUCAGAACACUCACUUUUUAUCACAUUUAACGCAAACAAUGGUCAUAAUAGCAUCUUUCAGAUAUAAACAUACUUGAGGAUAUUCUCUAUCAGCGUAAUAACAAAGAACGUCUGUUUCUUUUUUUUUUUGGAUAUGUUCCACAAGGUGCAUACAUUCUAAGAAAACAUGCCUCUGUUUGGAAAGUCCCAGAAGAGUCCGGCGGAGGUGGUGAAGGCUCUCAAGGAGGCGGUAAACGCGUUGGAGCGCGGCGACAAGAAGGUAGAGAAGGCGCAAGAAGAUGUGAGCAAGAAUCUUGUGCACAUCAAAAACAUGCUGUACGGCACGGCUGAGACAGAGCCGCAG